AUGAAAAUUUUAUUCCAGGUGAAUGUUUAUUUAUCUAAAAGUCUGGCAGAUAAUUUGUACUUAUUACAGUAUCCUGUAAGAACAGCGAGUCUAUCUUAUGAUGAAGUGGAGCAUGUAUCUACUAAAGUUAAACCUCAACAGAAAAAGGUUGAAAUGCAUCUAUCUAUGAAUACUAGAAGUUCUAACUAUUCUAGAAGUAAAGGGGAACAGAUAGCCCUCAAUGUUGAUGGUGGUGUAGAAAAUCCUAGUGAAUGUGUUUAUGCAAGUGAUAAAAUGGAUAAACAGGUAUUAAGGUCUACAGCUUGUUCUACCUCAGCUAAACGUUAUGCUGUUGGUCUAUUAAAAGAUAAUGAGGUCCACAUAACACCACUAUCUUCUAUCAAUCAAAUGAAACCAGUAUUUGAUUAUUUAGAUAGAGCUGAUGUUAAGGCUAAAAAUAGAUUAUCUUCCUUACAAACUGAUGAAUCAUCUCAAGAUGAAACAGAAGAAGAAGUAAAACCUGUGACAGUAAAGUUUGCCCGACCUGAAAAUGAUAUAACUAAAGCUAGACGGUUAGCCUCGUAUAAAUAUCAACUAUCACAAUUAGAAACAGAACGCUGGAUACCUGUUUUAUACCAUCAUAAAGAUGAUGACCAGUCAGCUGCAAACAGAUUAUCUUUAAUAGCUUCCAAAAAUGAUGAUAUAUCAGAAUUUCACCUUCAUUCUAAAGAUUAUCUGAAUUCUUUAAUACCUCCAGAGAAAUCAGAAGAAAAGGAAAGACCUGAGAUGCCCACUAAUGUGUUAUCUUUAAGUCAGUUACGUACAUUACCUCUAGCAGAUCAAAUCAAAUCACUACUAAUAAAUGUAAAAGUAAUGAGAUUUAGUCAGUUACUAUCAUUAUUAGAUCCUGGUACUGAUCCUACUAGUGUGUUACGACCAUUACAAGUUUUUGCUUUAUUAGUUCAAGGUUGCUGGGUUGUAAAAAGUGAAAUAUUGUAUCCUAAAGAAGCCUGUAGUCCUGUCAGUGGUAUAUCAUCAGAAUAUUUGUGCCGUGGAAGAGAUUAUAUAAUGUGGAAAUUUACUCAUUCAAGAUAUGUUAUAAGAAAAGAUAUAUCAUCUGUUAUUAAAUUACCAGCUGAAGAUGUAAAAGAACAAUUAGAACAGAUGUCUACAGUAAAAGCUAUAAAAGGAUGGGAAUUUCUUUAUGAAUAUGACUAUGAAUUUUGUGAUAAAUAUAAUGAUAUUUUACAAAGACAGAAAAUGUUAUGGGAUGCUCGAUAUCAAACUUUGUCUAAGGCCUUUAAAAUACCAAAAGAACUAGAGAAAAAAUCUAAAGCUACAGAUGGACACAGCCCAGUUUGUAAUUCACCUGAUAAAUCUAAAAGAAGAAAAUCUUCUCCACGUACCAGAACACCUAGUGCCAUGUCUACCUCUGAUGUUAGUGAUAUGGAAACUGAUACACAUCAUUCUAGACAGAAUUCAGAAAGUGAUCAUAAUAUAGAUAGUGUUCAGGAACCAAUGGAUACCUCGGAAAUUAAACAUGUGACUUCAAAUGGACCAAUGAAAAAGGUCAAAACAAACUGUGAUAAUGGACUCAUAGAUGAUAAGAAAUUAACUUUAGAAAUCAUAUCAUUUUUACGUGACUUAUUAAAUAAAAAGAAAAUCUUUAGUUUGAGUGAAUUAAAAGGUUGUUUUGAGAAUAAGAUAUUACAAUGUCCGUCUGGUCAUGUGUUUUUGUCAAGUAAUAUCAAUGAUCAGUUAUUAAUAGAUAAUAUAGUGACAUCUGGUGGUAAACAGUUAAAUAAUCAGUGGCCACCUAAAACUAAAGCUGAUGUUUUAUUUGCACAAAUAACUGCUGGUGAUAUGUUUGAUAAGAUGAGAAUGUUAUUAUUGGAGCUAUUUGAAAAUUCAUUCAGAGUUAAAAUUGGUGCUGUUAGAAAUCAUUUUCAAGAAGAAUUACAAGAUGAAGUUUCAGAAGUUACUUGUAAAAAAUUACUUAAGGAAUAUUGUAUAUCAAGAGGAGGAUUCUGGUAUUUAAAAGAAACUUUACCAACUGAUUCCUGA